AUGAGGCACCGUAGGGGUCUUGCGAUAGCUGCUGCGGCACUGCUACUAGAGCUUGUGCCGCUGGCAGUCGCCCAUGGUGGCGACAAAGCCAUGGAUAUGAAUGCGCAUGAUAUGCCCAAAGCGCAGCCUCAACAAGCCGGCUUCGGAGGCUACUGGAGUCUUUCUGAGCAUGCUUCGCUCAUGUAUUGGCACAUUGGGCUCGAAGUGUUGGCCUGGGUCGUUGUCCUACCAAUAGCCGUCAUGUUCAGUAUCUCGCGUUCGCGCUUUACUCUGCUAUCGCAGUUAGUCUUCCUUGCUACCAAUGCACUUGCGCUUGUGCUUGGCCUCGUCUACAAUCACAAGACACCAGAAAUGUAUGCAGGAAACGCGCACCGCAAGGCUGGUUGGGCCAUUACAUGGAUUGCUUCGGCAUGGGUGUUUUUGGCUCUGGUCCAGGUCUAUGCUGGCAUGCACGACAAGGAGUCGGUCGAGGAUCAAUUCAAACACUCCAUGACUGCUGCAAAUAUGCUCAGAUACCAGCGUGUACAGGACGAUGAGCUCUCGGAUUCAUCAAGAUGGUCGGGCGAUUCUGGCCAAGGUACCGAACGAAACUCGGCUUCAUUGUACGACCCAUCCCCAUCACCCAGCGUCGAGUCCGAAGUCCAGCAGUUUAUCGGCCAAAACCAUGAUGAUGCGCAUGACGAUGACUCUGGUGAAAAUGAUAAUGAAAAGCACCAUCUUCUACACAACACGCCCGUCGACCGCUUCUUGGCUCGCAACGUCGCCCGCUUUGCUGUGGGCCGUACACUGAAAGCGAUCCGAUUUUUCUAUGUCCUGGUUGAGCGUACCAUCCUGAUCCAAGGCUUCGUGGCCAUUGUCAGUGGUGCUGUCGUUUAUGGAGGCAUCGGACGAGGAGGUGCCGUCUUCAAUGUUCUAGCGCACACGGUCAAAGGAGGGAUCUUCUUCGUGUACGGUUUCCUCACGCUCGGCCGGUGGAUGGGCGCAUUUGCAGACUUUGGAUGGGCGUGGAACGUCAAGCCGCCCAAGGAGGUUGUUGGUCGUUGGCGAGCCGCGCUACCGUCGGCGGAGUUUACUGAAUCCUUUGUCAUCUUUCUCUACGGUUGUACCAACGUCUUCCUCGAGCAUCUGGCUGCAUGGGGCGACGCCUGGACUGCGCAGGACUUGGAGCACGUCUCCAUCUCCAUCAUGUUCUUCGGUGGUGGUUUGUUGGGAAUGUGCAUCGAGUCGAGCAAAAUGCGCGAUCUGCUCAACAGCGGCGUUGCGGCCUCGCAGGCUGCCUCUGUAGAACACGAGGCAUGGCAGCAGCCACGCCAGUACCGCUUCUCCAUGAACCCUCUGCCGGCUUUGAUCAUUAUGCUGCUCGGCAAGAUGAUGAGCUCUCACCACCAGGACUCGAUGGUUUCGACCAUGAUACACAGCCAAUGGGGGUCCAUGUUCAUGGGCUUCGCACUUGCACGUGCUCUCACCUACAUCACCCUGUACAUUUCGCCGCCAACAUCCUUCCUUCCAUCCCGGCCGCCAACCGAGAUUGUGACUGCAUUCUGUCUCAUCUCAGGCGGCAUCACUUUUAUGGUCAGCAACAAGGAUACCGUUGCAGCUCUCGAAUCAUACAACCUGGAUGCCAUGUUCAUCUUCACAGUCGUCAUGGGACUCACCGCGCUUCUCAUGGCUUGGACCACAGUUGUCAUAGCCAUCAAGGGCUGGGCCUUGCGCAAGGAGAGCAGUAGUCAAUGGUCCAAGAGCCACACUGGUGUCUUGGCUUGA